AUGAGGUAUUCAUUUAGGGCAGCCACCACUAAUUCCAUUUUGAUUCCCCUUCGAGUUUCAGGUCCUGAGCUUCAUCACUGGAUGGAGGACUCCCGAGAUAUGAAGAGGAAGGAGAUGGAGGCUGCGGUGGUUAUGAUCGAGGACAUAAUCCGCGAUCAUCAACAUAACUGCUUCACAAUUCUGAAUAUAGUCAACAGACUGGCACACACUACGGCGCACAGCGGGGAGGAGGACACGCAGGCCUCUUACAACAUGUCCGACAAAAUGCCGGCUCAAGUCUCCCAUAUGAACCGGCUCACAAAAGUGACCGACGUGGACUGCAUUGACAAUCUGCGUAUGGACCGCAAUGCAUUCGGGCGGCUCUGUCGGAUAUUGCGCGAUAAGUGUGGAUUAGUUGAUCAAAGGUACGUCCGCGUCGAGGAGCAGGUUGCUAUGUUCCUUAGUACUCUAGCUCACCACACUAAGAAUCGUGUGGUUGGAUUCCAAUUUCUACGGUCGAAACAUACCGUGAGUCGCUACAUCCAUGAGGUUAUGCGUGGUGUUAUUCAUCUUCAUCGAACCCUAUUCGUGCAACCAACUCCGGUGGAUGAAAGCUGUGAUGAUGCAAGAUGGAAAUGGUUCAAGGGUUGCUUAGGUGCACUGGACGGGACAUACAUUAAUGUCCGCGUGAGUGCUGCGGAUGCUCCUCGGUAUAGGUCUAGGAAGGGGGAAAUUUCUACAAACACUCUAGUCGUGUGA